CGAUAUCAACCAGUGAAGACCAACUGAGGUCUUCGUUGAAAAGCCAAUGGAAGAAACAUACGAAAUAAAAAUAAGCCUAGAUGGCAACUACUGCGUAACGAGAGAUGGUGAUACCGCGAGAAAGUUAAAGAAAAUGCUUGAUUUGAAGUACAAUGUCGGGGCUGUCGUCGAUGGGGAGAUAAAGUCAUCUAGCUUGACUAUACAGAUAAAAAGUGAAAAUGAGUAUGUAGUUAAACCGAAGGAUUCGAGUAAAAUGGAUUUGCGAUUGCAGUUACCGAAUAGCUUCAGUCAAUUGAAAAAUUAUUUGGAGGAAUUAUUACCUGAAUCUGAAUCACCGAGUGGAAAUUACUUUGGUGGCAGUUUACCAUUAAAUGAUGACAAGUUGACUGCAUUUGAUGGUGAAAUAACGAAUAUAUCUAAUCGGAAGGAAUUAUUUGAAUUAUUCGACGAAUAUCAAAUAAACAAGGAUAAAGAGAUUUGCCUUUCUAAUGAUAAAACAGUUUUAGCUGCAUCAAUACACCGCUGGAUUUCACAAUUAAGCUCAGAAUUUUUAUUCGAUGAUUUAGAAUUAUUCUACAACACUUAUCGUUUAUACCUCAAUCAAAUGGAAUUAGCUGAAAUAUUGUUUAAGAGAUUCGAAUGGACGCUUGAAGAUAGUGAUAAAUUUGACGAAUCACAACUUGAAUUAGUGAGAGUCAGAACAUUCGUCAUGAUUAGAGGAUGGUUGAGUAACUAUUUUGGAUAUGAUUUCGUACCAAAUUUAGAAUUACGCCUGAGGUUGUCCGAAUGGAUAAACCAUCAGAGAGAGCAAAAUAAUGAGAAGUCAAGAAAAAUGAUCGAAAAGAUGAUAAAUGUUGCUAGAGAAAGACAAAACGUUUAUGAGAAUUACAAAAAGUAUAGUUUAGACGAGAGUAUUUCAUCAUUUGAUAGCAAUCUGAGUCAAACAGAUGGUAAAUUGUCUUUAGAUUUUGAUCCAGGACCACCGACUACAUUACCUUCAAGUAAUAGUAGUAAAUUUACGAUGAACACGAAUCCAACUAGUACAGCAAAUGUUGGCCAAAAUGAUUCAAUUACAGGAACAUUUUUUAAAACGUUUAAUAAGUUUGGUAAAUUUGGUAAAAGGAUUAUAUCAAAUAGACCACAAAAGACAAUUGAAGAGGAUGAUACGAUGAAGAAUGAAUAUACAAUUUCCUUAACAUUUGAAGAAUUUUGUCAAUUACAAGAGAUACCAAUAGAAAAUAAUAAUGAUAAUUCAAGUAAUGAAAUAAAAAAUAAAGAAAAUGAUUCAAUAAUGACAAAAAUAAUGCAAUUAGAUGACUUAGACUAUAGUGAUGAUAGUAGCAGCAGUGAUACUGAUGAAGAAGAGUCAUUCGCAAAAGCUAAAAAGUUACCACAUGUGAGACAGGAUAGGGAUAGUGGGAAAAGUUCAAGGAGCACGGUAAAAUCAAUGAACUCAACAGAAUCUCAAAUUGAGGCCAACUGGCAGAAUAAUUUUACGAUCGAAGGCUUAGAAUCUGAUGAAGAAGAAGACGGUGAUGUUGAUGCAGCUUUACGUGCGUUAGAAGGACAAAUAGAUAAGGUAAAACAAGAAGAGAAAUUACGUAAAGUUGAAACAAUGAUGGAGAGGUCGAAGAAGAAACGGUUAAGUCAGAGUGGAAAUUCAAAUACAUCUUCGCCUGCAGGAUCACCAUUGAUCAGAACAAAGAGUGUCUUUCAGAGCAGUACGAAUGGUGUUGGUAAUGGCAAUAGCAAUGUGCAUACGAUAAAGGAAGUAAUAACACAUAAACCGCGUUCACACUCGGUUGCUAUUACAACGCCAUCGAGGGCUACACAACACACUAAUCGAAAGAGAGGUUUGAGUCAAGGAUCUAGUGUCAUUAUAGAUAAGGCUAAAAAGAAUGGUACCAGAAGUUGGAUUUUACAAUACAGAACUGAAAUGAUUGCUAAACAAUUUACACUAAUUGAAAGGGAUUUAUUUAAUGAGAUUAAGUUCGAACAUAUUGAGAACCUCAACAAUUGGAAGGAAGAUUAUUAUAAAUUUGAUACAAUUAUUAGCUGGAUAUCAUUCAUGAAAGAGCACGCACGCAAAAAGGUGAUAGGAGACGCGAAUGGAUGUUCAGUUAGAGUUAUUAUAGCCAGAUUUAAUAUGACAGUGAGAUGGGUAGCGUCUGAAAUUUUAAUCACCGCGUCAACUGAAGAUAGAACGUCUGUUAUUGGAAAGUUCAUAAGGUUGGCGUUUAAGUGUCAACAACAAAAUAACUUUAUGACAUUGAUGGCGAUUCUGAGAGGUUUGGAACACCCACUCGUGAAAAGAAUGGCAGACGCUUGGCCACAUGUUUCAAAGCAAUCUAUGAGGAUGUUAACAACGUUAAAAAAGUUCUGUAGUAACGCUGAUAACUUUUCAAUGUUGAGACAUACCUCAUUAAAUCAACUGAAUAAGAAUCUUUCAGAAACCACUUCGGAGAGGAGGAUGACUAGGGAUAGAUCCUCGUCUUCUGUGACUGGCAGUGGAGUUGGUGACAUAAAUGGAUGUAUACCAUUUAUAGGUAUAUUUUUGAAUGAUCUAUUACAAGCGAAUAAUUCACCAAAUUAUCUUGAACGUGAUAGUAAUGAAGUUAUGGUCAAUAUACAGAAGCUUCGUUUGAUACAUUCAACAAGAAAAACGAUAGAAUUAUUCCAGACAUACUCGACGAACCAGUUUGAUCAUCGGUCGUAUCUCGAUGGUGAUUUAUAUAGAAAGUGUCUUAAGUUACGCCUAGAUUGUAGAGUAAUAGAAUAGAAUGACGAGAAGCGCAUAAGGAUGAGACUCGAUGGUUUAACACCUUCGCUGAAAUACAUGUACGAUUAUUUAUGUUAUAUACGAUAGAUGUUUACAUAUGAAAAGUGAGUGAUUUACGA